UUUUGUUUUUAUUAACGACUGAGGAGGAAGUAACCUGGCUUUUGCAUUUAAUGUGUCUCGCUUGGUCCAGACAAACACAUCUGAAUAUUAGCUUAACGGGUAUUUGUGGGUCGGAUUCGGCUGUGACUUUAAAUGAGGCUCCUGCAGCAGAUUUAUCGAAGUGAAGCGGGAUAUUAAGCAGCAUAAACUGACAUCUAACGCUCCUGAUGUUGAUGAAGAAGAGAGGCCAGACGUGUUUGAUAGCCUCCGGUAUGGCCUCCCUGGUUCUGCUCAUGAUGGUGUUGUACGGCACCAUCAGCAGCCAGCAUCCAGGCAGCUCCAGCCUCAGACAGGAAUACCAGCUGCUGGGGAGACCCCUGUACAAGCUGGACCUGAGCUGGCCCAAAAACCCCGAGCUCUUCACAGGAAACGUGUUCGGCGUGGCUGCAGACCAGUAUGCAGGGGUGGUGUAUGUGGCACAGAGAGCAUUGCACGGGUCACUGACAGCCAGGAUUCAGCAGAGUCUGGCAGAGAAGCCUGAGCUUUUACGUCAGGAGCCUCUGCCCCGUUUUCUGCGUUCUCCUGCUGUUCUUCAUCUGCGCAUUUGUCGCUCUUGGGCCUUUUCCUCUGCCUCCAGAUGUAAUCUGGCAAGCCGCAACCUCAGCCGAGCAUCUAGCGGAGAGGUGCCAGCUUCGGAGAGCAAGGGAUCAAAACGAGGAAGAGAGGAGAUCGGUCGGGUUCGGAAUCCCGGCUUGAGCCUCUCCAAUCGCUACGCGGCCCUUGCCACGGACUCACCGGUUUCCCCAGCUGCUGCUCCAGCGGCACAGGUGCUUCCCGACCUGGAGUCCUCCUUGGAGUUCCCGGCUCUGUCGAGAAGUGAUCCUGGCUGUCCACGGGUUCCGACUGCGGGUGUACCCCGUAGUGUCACUUCGCCAGAUCUGGGUGAUAUACCAAGUCCUGUUCUUGGCACAGCAGGAAAAUCCGGUUCUGGGUCGGACCCUCUGCAGUUCGAUCAGCCAGCUGAGAUCUUUGUGCACGAGUCCGGGGAGAUGUACAUCGUAGACGGUGAUGGUGGAAUGAACAACCGCCUCAUCAAGCUCUCUAAAGAUCAGAAGGUGUUGUGGAUGCAUGCGGAGAAGGGACAAGGCCUGGCUCAGUUCUACAUCCCCCACAGCGUGACCGUGGACAACGCUCAGAGAGUGUGGGUGGCCGACAGGGGCAACAAAAGAAUCCAGGUCUUCAACUCCAUCACGGGGGACUGGCUGGGGACGUGGGGGAGCUGCUUCACAGAGGACGCGCCCUACUCUGUCCGUCUGACCCCCAACAAGAAGUACUUUGUGGUGGUACAGCUCAACACCAACCAGAUUUCCCUGCUGGAUGCACCACCGGUGGGCCUGAUCGGUCAGUGCAGAGUGGUCAGCGUGAUCCAGCUGGCUGACGAGGUGAAGCCCCACCUGGUGGACCUGGAUUUAAAGACUGGGGCUCUGUAUGUGGCAGAGAUCGGAGCGCAGCAGGCUCAGAAAUUCACCCCGUUCAGUCUGGGUGGAAGUCUGCUCUGAAAAAUGGAUGGAAAUGUCCCCAGUAUGUAGAAACACCAGACAUCACACCAGUUUCAGUCUUUAUUAACAAAACAUGAUGAAAAACUUAAGUUCUCUUACGCGGAAAGUGAAAAAGGACAUUUUGAAAUCUUCAGUUUGCAGCAGUAUCUAAAAGAUGAACACAUUUACGAUGUUUCUCUCAGCCAGCAUGAAGAACUUGGAGACACCUACAGACAUUCUGCUUAUUUUAGUGCCAAAAAACAAACAUGUGGAACAAGAAGAGAAGAUGCUCGUCCCAGAGUUCCGAGGAAGCGGUGCCGGACCGGAGCUGUGGUGCCGGUUGUACUUAGAUGAACAUGCAGACUGAUCACACGCUGGUGGGGAGAGAAAAAGCUUCUGAACAGAAAUAUUCCCAUUUUUAACUCCUGGUGCCAUUUUCUGGUUUAUCAACCACGUUCACUCCCUGAGCUGCAGUGACUUCAAUUCAGUUCAAUUCAAAUCAAUUCAAUUCAAUUUAAUUCAAUUCGGUUCAGUUCAGUUCAGUUCAAUUCAAUUCAAUUCAAUUCAGUUCAGUUCAGUUCAAUUCAGUUCAAUUCA